CCACUUUGACUCGCCUGAUAUCUACAUGGUGUGCUAGCCUGCGGCCGACAAUGCGGCAAACUUGCGGGCUAAUUAUGCUCUUUUGGUUGGUGUAUGGCUUCAAGCGUCGCCGUUUCCGGUCAGACUUUGUGCUUGGCACCGCAACACCACGCUCUUUCAAAUGCUGGAGCCUGGAAUAGAUAGUGAAGGCUUAGUGAGCGCUCUGCAUGAUUGUAUCAUGGGAGAGCUAUAUAUGUGUGUGCCGCAUCCCUUGGGGUCUCAUCGCUUUCUUAGGGCUAUCAGGCUUUCUUCAACCGGUAUUAGAGCUCAGACCAUCAAUCCCAGAUUCCGAGUCAACUGAAUCAACCUGUUCAACCCGAUCCGUAGUCGAGAACAAUGGCGGAUCCUAACGUCACCUUACGCGUUCCCUACGUCCAAACUCACCACAAAGGCCCCUACCCGGCCAUCUCACCCCGCCGGUCGGAGCUGAGCCAGGCCGAUAGGACGGUGCUGAUCCUCGGGGGUUCGGCCGGCAUCGGCUUUGCCAUUGCCCGAGCCUUCAUCCAGGCCUCCGCCGCCAGGGUCAUCAUCACGGGGCGCCGCGCGGGCGUCCUGGAGGAGGCCGUCUCGCAGCUGAAGCAGACCGACGGCGGCGCUCACGGGACGGCAGUCAGCAGCUAUGUCUCCGACAUGGCAAGCCUCCGGGACACGGAGCAGCUGUGGGCGGGCCUGAAAGCUGCCGGCAUCGUCGUCGAUGUCCUUGUUCUCAACGCCUUCGCGAACGGCCAGCCCAAGCCGCUCCUGGAAGCUGACCUCGGCGUGACCUGGGGUGCCUUUGAGACGAACGUGCGCGGGCUGUUGGAUCAUGCGCAGCGCUUCUACAAGCAAGGCGGAGGCCGGCAAAAGCAUAUUGUCAACGUCUCCACCGUCUCGAUCCACGACUUCAUCUACGGCAGUAGCUUUGUGCGGACGUAUUCCCUGACCAAGAACUCGGGCGCCCUCCUGAUGCAGCUGAUCGCCAAAGACACCGACGCCAGAGACAUGCAGAUUAUCAGUUUCCAUCCUGGCGCCGUCCUGUCCGAGUCGGCCCGGAAUGUCGGGUAUACCGAGGCAUCGCUGGACUGGGAUCAUGAGGACCUGCCGGGCCAGUUUGCCGUGUGGUGUGCUAGUGAGGAGGCCCGGUUCCUGCACGGCCGCUUCCUCCCUGCCUGCUGGGAUGUGCAGGAGCUGAAGACGGGGGAGGCGAGUGGCCGGUUCGAGUCGGAGGACCACUUCUUGCGGGUUGGAGUAGUUGGUCUCAGAAGCUAGGGCUGGGCAUGAGUGCUGCAUGCGAGAGAAAAGAUGAAGGGGUCCCUGGCGAUUUCUCUAGCCUUUUGUUGCCCCGGCUGAUGGCUCUCAUGUGCUGAUCACGCUGUGCCCCUCUGGCUAACCAGUCUGAUGCUGGGUUCCUCGGGGAUGCCUUUUUGCCGGUGCUGGUGUUGUACUUGAUAUAUUGGUCCUUCUGGUCUCCGUCCCCGCAUCUACCUUCGACCUGUUAAACGUAAAAGUGUCCGGGGUACGGAAUAGUGUAGGGCCCAAGCCCCGGGAUCUACGGGACCUGAACCGAGGUUACCACUGGCGGGCUGUGCCGCCGUCAAGUUGUCAGAAUCAGGGGUGCGGCUGAGAUUCUGGGGAAUGAAAAUUGACAAGAUGAG